AUGGCGGCAGCGCUUGAUCAACCCCUUUUCGACCCGAUCGCCGGCGCUCCGGCGACCGAUGCAGCCUCAAUCACUCCUCCCCAGAGCGUGAACGGCAAGAAGGAGGUUCCCGAUGGGGUUCCGUCAGAGCUGUCGGAUCUCGAGCUCGAUCCCAAUGUCAACGGCGCCAAGGAGAUACCAUCGGUAGAGGCGGACGAUGAGGAGAUCGAGCCGGACCACUACUAUGGUGGCGGCAAGAUUCCGGUGUUCAAGCCGUUCCGCGACUUCCAAUCGUUCAUCAACAAGGUCGAGGAGUAUGGCAUGCGCUCCGGAAUCAUCAAAGUUAUCCCUCCUAAAGAAUGGACCGAUUCCCUACCACCCCUUGACGAAGCCGUUAAGAAGAUCCGUGUGAAGAACCCAAUCAUGCAGGAAUUCCAUGGCUCGCACGGAACCUACACACAAGCGAACAUUGAGAGACAGAGAUCAUACAAUCUACCCCAGUGGAAAGCCCUGUGUGAAGAGAGCAGUCACCAGCCACCUGCUCGGAGAGGACGACAACCCAAGUCUGUCACAUCCCGUAGAAAGCACAACAAGGGCGAUGCGAUCGAUUACGUGGACGAAGAAGCCUUCCAAGACUUUGAUUACCGCAUCGAUGACAGCCAGGAUUACACCUACGAAAGAUGCGAGGAGCUUGAGACCAACUAUUGGAAAUCCCUGAUGUUCAACAAUCCCCUGUACGGUGCCGAUAUGCCGGGUUCUCUUUUCGACGAUAACAUCACGACUUCAUGGAACGUCGCCCGAUUACCAAAUCUGCUGGAUGUCUUGGGACAGAAGGUGCCUGGUGUCAAUACGGCAUACCUCUAUCUGGGAAUGUGGAAGGCUACUUUCGCAUGGCACCUGGAGGAUGUGGAUCUUUACAGCAUCAACUAUAUCCACUUCGGUGCUCCCAAACAGUGGUAUAGCAUCUCCCAAGAAGAUGCUCCUCGCUUCGAACAAGCCAUGAAGAGUAUUUGGCAAAGCGACGCUAAGAAUUGCGACCAAUUCCUCCGCCACAAGACCUAUCUUGUUUCUCCCAAUUUGCUCAAGUCCCAGUACGGCAUCACAGUGAACAAGUUAGUACACUAUGAAGGCGAGUUCGUCAUCACCUACCCGUACGGAUAUCAUUCCGGUUACAACUUGGGGUACAACUGCGCUGAGUCGGUCAACUUCGCAACGGAGAAGUGGCUCGAUUACGGACGUGUGGCCAAGAAGUGCAACUGCGAGGCUGAUAGUGUCUGGAUCGAUGUCGACGAGAUCGAACGGAAGCUUCGGGGCGAGGCUACCCCAGAGUAUUUCGGCGAAUACGAAAGCGAUCUUGACGAGAUCGAAGGUGCUUCGGAUCUCCUGACGCCUCCCCGCAGUGUCCCAGAAAAAACAUCUACGCGUGGUCGGAAGCGCAAGAAUGACGGUGAAACCACCAAGGCGAAACGCAUGCGGGUAGCCAUGGAAGUUCCCAGAAAGAUACCCUGUGUCUUGUGUCCCAAUAAUCUGGAUUACGAGGAUCUCUUGCCGACCGAAGAUGGCAAAUCCCAUGCUCACCGUCGCUGUGCCUUGUACACCGAAGAGACCUCCAUCCUCCGCGAUGAGUCCGGCAAGGAGGUGGUGUGUGACGUGGAUAAGAUUCCCAAGGCCCGCAUGGGUCUCAAGUGUCUCUUCUGCCGUGAAGUACGCGGAGCAUGCUUCCAGUGCAACUUUGGCAAGUGCACUCGGUCAUACCACGCCACUUGUGCACUUUUGGCGGGUGUACAGGUGGAGCAGGGCCAGGUUGCAGUGAUUGCGGAUGAUGGGAACCAGUACUCGAUCCCCAGCGUGGACCUCAAGUGCAAGUAUCAUCGCCAGAAGAAGCCGUCCUGGAUGGCGAGCGGCGAGUCACCCGACUAUGACCGCAAACUCAUCCAGACGGCACGGGGCUUGGUGGCUGGGGAUCUGGUGCAGUUCCAGGCGGACAAGGAAAUUAACGGUGCGAUUGUGCUCCAGAACCGACCGGAGGAACGGACGUUACUGGUCAAGGUGUUGCCACGAGGGUAA